AUGGUUAGGCCAAUUUUUUACAAGGUGGAUCCGUCAGAUGUACGAAACCAACGAGGAUCUUAUGAUGAGGCACUUGCUGAACAUGAACGUGAAUUCAAGGAUGAUAUUGAGAAGGUGUACAGAUGGAGGAAAGCUCUUUCAGAAGCAACAAACUUGUCUGGGUGGCCUUUCUUGGAUGGGCAUGAAUCUCAAUUUAUCCAUAUGAUCGUUGAGGAGAUUUCAGGUGAAGUGUUACACCAGACAUGUUUGGAUGUUGCUACAUAUCCAGUUGGACUAGAGUCUUGCAUACAAGAAGUGGAAAAGUUCUUAGAUGUUGGGUGA